GUCUGACAGGCGAGGAAACGGAUCCAGCAGCGGAAGGCGAUGGCGUGUCUACGGUUCUCGCUCCUGGUUUUGGGGAUCUUCUCGCUGUGCUGCGCCGCGUCUGGCGACAGCGGUGGCGUGAAGAAGAUGAAGCUGCAGUUCGCCACCGGUCCCCUUCUCAAGUUUCAGAUUUGCAUUUCCUGAGGGUACAAGCGGGUGUUUGAGGAGUACACGCAGGCCUUGUACCAGCGGUACCCGGACAUCCGCAUUGAGGGGGAGAACUAUCUUCCCGUGCCCCUCUAUCGACACGUUGCCUCCUUCCUGUCUGUCUUCAAACUGCUGUUGAUCGGGCUGAUUAUUAUCGGCAGGGACCCAUUCGCCCUCGUUGGUAUGCAAGCCCCAGGCGUUUGGGAGUGGGGGCAGGGAAAUAAGAUAUAUGCUUGCAUGAUGGUGUUCUUCCUCAGCAACAUGAUAGAAAACCAGUUAAUGUCCACAGGAGCUUUUGAGAUCACAUUAAAUGACGUGCCAGUGUGGUCAAAACUAGAGUCGGGUCACCUUCCCUCCAUGCAGCAGCUUGUGCAAAUCCUGGACAACGAGAUGAAGAUGAACGUUCACAUGAACACAGGAUCCCACCACAUCUCCUAACCCUACUCGUCACGUCCUGGCUAGAGCCAAAAGCCCCUCCAUGUUGGAGGUGGGAAUCUCACUGGGCUGUGAAGUGAUGUUUAUGAAGGUCUGCGCUGAAGGCAGGAAGACUGCCAGCUCAGACUGGAUGCCCCCCAUCAAUCUUCACUACGCUCCUUGGAGACGUCCCGCCCCUGACGCCAGAGUGGGAUCCAUGGCAACCGUGCCGGCCAUUCUUUUGUCCUUUUCUUGUACUAUUCAUACUACUGCAGAUUUCAUCCAGCCGUCGAUGGUCCACUUAAAUUGAUACUUAUAGUCUUUAACUUUAAUUGGUCUAUGUGAAUCUAAAAAUUGUAACUUAUACCACUGAGCCAUAUGUAGAAUUUUAACUAAAUUGUUCUAAACAUAGGUCAGUAAUGUAGAAAAAUUCAAUACUUCCAAUCUGUCAUCACGUGAAAGUAAUAUUGGUGAUUGUGUUUUUGAUUUCUGAAAGACUUUUUAUAUUUGCAUAACCUGAAGGAAGCUGAGAAGAUUAAUAAAACCUUAAUGUAACUAUUUAACAGUG